AUGGUUCAUACAAUAUUACAAAUUGUUGAUAGCAAUGGAAAAAAGAUAUACAGCUAUAAGACACAGCGUUUUACUGAAACAACAACGACGAAGGAUAUUGUGACUUUCAUCUUACAAAAGUCUAACAAGUUUAAGCCUCCAUUGCAUAUUGAAAUUCAGGAUCAACCGGAUGGCGAUUUUGUCACUUUGGAUGAUGAUUAUUUGGCAGAAUAUGAGCCAUUCAAUCCAAAUAAUGUUGACACGACUACGGGUCGAGUAACUAAUUUACCAGGAAAAACAGUAAAAUUGAAAAUUACCCUGCUGGAUUAUGAUUGUCUUUCAACUAUCAGCCAAGCAGUUGUAAAAACAACAGAAGGUUUAGUUAACUUCAAAGCUUUGGAGUUUUAUCAAAUAUUUCGCUUUUUAGUUUUGUCAACCAGUAUUCAACAAACAGAAGAGACGUACCAUGGUGAUCAAUCGUUGUCAACUUCAGAAGCAUCAGCUAUUCCUACUAUUGAAUUAUCUGAAGAUCCAAAAAUGGGUUUUGUUCCUGGUCAUAAUGUCAAUGAUAUACAAAGAGAUCAGUACAUAUCUGAUGCAAAGAAUGUGGCAACAGGAAAAAUAACCGGUAAACUUGCAAAAAGUCAAGCUAAAAGAGAAUUACAAGAGAAAUAUGCAUCUAAAUUGCCUAAAAUUAAAAUUUUGGAUCAUUACAUUUUAAAAGAAAUUGGUCACGAAUGGAAAUUAGUCGGUCUCUUAGUACUGGACGUUUGUAAAUCGGGACAACGUUCUCUAUACUCUCAUCCAGAACGAGCAUGUUUAGAGAAAGAUAAUUUAGAAAAAAUAGAUCAAUAUGAACUCAAUAUUGAACCUAGUGAUUUGGCAGUGGAAAAGGAGUAA